CGAGUCGUCCCGGGGCGGCGGUGAUGGCGCGCGCCCUGCGGCUGGCGUGGCUCUUCCUGGCCGGUGUGACCGCCGUGGCGUGCCGGCGCGAGCCGCGGCCGGCGCCGCCGGGCGAGCGGGCGACCCCGGCGGCGCCCUCCGCCCCUCAUCUGAGCCGCCACGGCAGACGGACGGACGGGGCGCGGAGCCGCACCACCAAGUCCGAGCAGCAGCUGCGGAUCGGGGAGCACGACUUCACCAUGAGGCCCGGCUUUGGGGGCCCCGCUAUCCCCGUCGGCCUCGACGUGCAGGUGGAGAGCAUCGACAGCAUCUCCGAGGUGGACAUGGACUUCACGAUGACGCUGUUUGUGCGCCACACGUGGCGUGACGAGCGGCUGGCCUUCCCCAGCUCCAGCAACCGCAGCAUGACCUUCGACAGCCGCCUCGUCAAGAAGAUCUGGUUGCCCGACGUCUUCUUUGUGCACUCCAAGCGCUCCUUCAUCCACGACACGACCACCGACAACGUGAUGCUGCGUGUCUACCCCGAGGGGCGCGUCCUCUACAGCAUGAGGAUCACGGUAACGGCUAUGUGCAACAUGGACUUGAGCCGGUUUCCUCUGGACACGCAGACGUGCGCCCUGGAGCUGGAGAGCUAUGCCUACACGGAGGACGACCUGAUGCUCUACUGGAAAAACGGCAACGCCUCUCUCUCCAUGGACGAGGACAUCUCCCUCUCCCAGUUCCUCAUCCAGGAGUUCAUGACCACGUCGCGCCUCGCCUUCUACAGCAGCACAGGCUGGUACAACCGCCUCUUCAUCAGCUUCACGCUGCGCCGUCACGUCUUCUUCUACCUGCUGCAGACCUACUUCCCCGCGCUGCUCAUGGUCAUGCUCUCCUGGGUCUCCUUCUGGAUCGACCGCCGCGCCGUCCCCGCUCGCGUCUCCCUGGGCAUCACCACCGUACUCACCAUGUCCACCAUCAUCACGGGCGUCAACGCGUCCAUGCCGCGCGUCUCCUACGUGAAGGCGGUGGACGUCUACCUGUGGACGAGCUUCGUCUUCGUCUUCCUCUCCGUGCUCGAGUACGCGGCCAUCAACUACCUGAGCACCCUGCAGGAGCGGCGCCAGCGCUGUGCCUGGAAGAGGAUCAUGAACGCCUGCGUCUCCCUGCAGCCCGUGCCUCUGCCGUACGACGCGCAGGCCCGUCCCGGCGGCCACCACGGCUCGAUGGCCUUGCUGGGCGACCCGCCGGCACCGGCGGCCCCGUCUGCCCCGGACGGCGGUGGUGCCGCCGGCCGCGGCGUUCUGGGCCGUGGCGGGCGCUACCUAGAGCGGCAGCGGGAGUGCCUCGCCCGGGCAGGCGACGUCAUCCUACAGCGGUCGCACGCCAUCGACUCGUACUCACGAGUUCUCUUCCCCGCGUCGUACAUCCUCUUCAACGUCGUCUACUGGGCCGUGCUGUCCUAG